AUGUCUACCAAGGAUACCAAGGCACAACAUGACCUCAAAGGCUCUAUCGGGUCACGGGAAGCUGACCAUGUUUUUCGACAGUAUCUUGACAGCACUACGAGCGUCCCUAGGCCGGGUUACAACACCACUGGCCGUGAAGUCAAUCUACUUACGAAUGCCUAUCCCGUCACCCAAUUCCCGACUAAAAAUGUCUAUCAAUACGACAUUACCAUCUUGAGAAUUGGGAAGGAACAUGAGUCACUUCCCCCUCGUGUGCGAAAGUUCGCUUGGGCAACUACCCUUCGAAAGUCGACUUGGCAGCAAAUGAUCUACGAUGGAAACAAGCUCGCCUGGUCCCAAAACAGCUAUGAUCAAAACAAGUCGAUCGAAGUGAACUUGAACAACCAGGCUGGCAACGACAAGCCUCCCGCCUACCGCAUUAUUGUUCGAAAGUCCAAGGUAGUCAAUCUUCAAGUCCUACAGAACUGGCUGCAAAAGAAAGGCUCCUUUGACGAGCGUGUCUUGGAGGCCCUGAACUUUAUGGAUCAUCUUUUGCGGGAAUACCCAUCAGCCAGGUUCACUGCAGUACGACGAGCAUUCUUCGAUCCAGCAGAACAGUUCCUCACCUUUGACGCCACAAUGGAACUCCGAAAGGGAUCCUAUCAGGCCAUUAGACCCGCUUGGGGUGGCAGACUUAUUGUGAACGUGGACAGUAUUGUUUGUGCAUUUUGGCGUCAGAACACGAUCGCCUGCUUGACGGAUGCCUUCCUUAAGAACUUCGACUGGGGAAGGACCGCCAAAGCUUUGAAGCAGCGGUGGAAUGAUCCCAACGACAUGUCCAGGGGCAUUCGUGAUAGCCCAGCAUGGACCUUUGCUUCGGCCAAGAUCAAACAUCUCGAAGUGAAACCCGUGUUUCCAAAUUGCACAACGGACCGCACGUUCAGCGUCCGCAAGAUUAGUCGUCAUGACGCAAAUUAUGUUUUCCCAUGGACAAACCCUGCUACUGGCAGAGAGGAAGAUAUUACGGUUGCCAAUUACUACCUGACCAGGUACAACUACAAGCUUACUUCGCCGGACUUGCCUCUCGUUGAGAUGACAACAAAGGACACAUUGUAUCCAAUGGAAUGUGUUAAAGUGAUCGGGCUACAGCGCUAUCACCACAGGUUGAAUGACAAGCAAACUGCCAUAAUGAUCAACCACGCAGUUCGCAAACCUGAAAAGCGGUUUGGUGACAUCAGGGCUGCCAAACUGAAGCUUUCUCAUUCCACUGAUAGGGUUCUCAAUACUUUUGGCAUGAAAAUCCCAGAUCAAGAGAUUGUCACCAAGGGACGUCUCCUUGCCGCGCCUGAGAUUCAUUUCGCUAAUACGAAGAUCGACCCGCGCACACAGGGUCGUUGGGAUCUACGUGGCAAGAAGUUUCUCAAGACCAAUAGAGAACCAUUGCAGCGCUGGGGUGUCGGUGUCUUCAAGUCACCCAGGAGUGGUUUGACCUUUACCCAGGCAGACGAAUUCAUCAAGUUGUUUAUGAAGCAGUAUGAAGGUCACGGUGGACGGAUCUCGUCGCGUCCAGUUUUGAUUGACCUUUCGGGUGACACUCAUUCAGCUGUGGAGCGCCUAUUCACCACUACCGCAAAUCAUUUCAAACAACGUCCACAGUUACUCCUCUUCGUCGUCCCUAACAAGGACGUUCUUGUCUAUCAUAAGAUCAAGAAGAGUUGUGACUCCCGAUUUGGCGUUGCCUCCCAGGUUCUGCAGUCGGCUCAUGUGUUUAAAAAGCAACUGCAGUACAUGUCAAACGUGGCGAUGAAAGUCAAUGCCAAAUUGGGAGGAGUGACUUGCAAGGCUGCUCCCCGUCAAGCAUCCAUGAAUCGCCCCGGUUGCAUGAUCAUCGGCGCCGAUGUCUCUCACGCAGCACCAGGCAGCAUCGCAGCUUCCUUGACUGCUAUCUCAGUGUCUGCAGACCUGGACUGCGUUAAGUACAUGGGCAGUGCUCAGACUGGGUAUAGCCGUGUCGAAAUGAUCGAUGAGCACAACAUGAAGAGCAUGCUGACGCCUCUGGUUGAUCAAUGGACCAAAACAGUGGGUCAGGGACGUCGCCCUCAAUGCAUCUAUUACUUCCGCGACGGCGUGUCCACUGGCCAAUUCGCUCAGGUGCUUGAACAGGAGGUUCCUAUUAUCCAAGAUAUCAUCUCCACCGGUAGUGGCGAGAAGACACCUCCUAAAGUUACGGUUGUGAUUGCCAACAAGCGUCAUCAUAUUCGUUUUGCUGCAAAACCGGGUGAUAUGGUUGCAGGCGACAAAUUCCGCAACCCUCUGCCUGGAACUCUUGUUGAGCGAGAUGUCACCAGCCCGCAUGACUGGGACUUCCUCAUGGUCACACAUGUCGCCUUGCAGGGAACAGCUAAGCCCGUGCACUACCACGUUAUCCGCGACGAUAUGAGGCAUAAGCCCGAGCAAUUACAGAACAUGAUCAAUGAACACUGUUAUCAAUAUGUUCGCUCGACGACCUCGGUAUCUUUAUUCCCUGCGGUUUACUACGCGCAUCUGAUUUCCAAUCGGGGUAAAGCCCAGAGCCAGGAUGAAUUUGUGGACAGCUCUGAAGAAAGUUCUUCGGAGGAUGCUCACCAUAAACAAGUCACUGCUCCGAAGCCUUUAAUGCCGAUGGCAAAGCGCGAGACUCACAAUCAUCUGGACAUGUGGUUUGUUUAGACUGGAAAUGGGGACUUUCAAAUCUCAAGGAUGAUGCUAUUAUGAUAAUUUUUUCUCUUUUCUUUUUACUUACAUAAGCAAUUUAAUGCAACUAGUUUGGUCGAUUGUAUCCGGCUUCACAAGCUGGUGA